GCACUAUUACCAUGAAGCUCGCUGGUGCUCUGUUGAUCCUCGGGGCUGCCCUGCUCCUCCUGACUUCAGGGGGAGAUUGUGGCAUUUGCCCAGCUAUAAAAGAGGAUGUUCGUCUAUUUUUUUAUGGAACCUCAAAAGAGUAUGUUGACUACGUAAAACAAUACAAAGAUGACCCUGAAAUACUGGAAAAUACUGAAAAAAUCAAGAAAUGUGUUGAUAGCAAGUUGACAGAUGACGACAAGGCAGCUGCAACUGCUUUCAUUGAAAAAAUAGAAGCCAGCAAGUUAUGUUAAUGGCUACAACUUUGCUCUCAAGGAAGCCACUUGCCUGCUCACCUACAUAGAUUCAGCAAGCCAAAGCCCUUCCACCCAGGUGUCUAAGAACAGAAAUCCAACAAUAAAAGCCUUGCAAUUCA